CAGCAGCUCUUUGGCCGGAGCGCUUUCUGCUCCGCUUUCGGUCAUGGCGAGACGCGUGGAGCCCGUGGCGGAAGAUGGAGGCAGAAGACGGCCCGUGCUCGCAGCACGCUGGUUAUCGUCACGUGGGGAGAGCAACGAGUGGCGGAAGAUCGGUAUGGGUUGAUCCACCAAGCCCGGAUCUCUGCCUCCGUAAACGCCAUGAGGGUCCUUAACACCGGCACGGAGGUGGAGGCAGCUGUGGCCGAUGCUCUGACCCUCUGCAUGGCUGCCAGCCUCCCUCCUCACAGCUUGCCCCCCCCCCCCCGUGUGCCCCCCCUGCUGUCCUCCUCUGGUCCCCAGCGGAAGCCGCUCAGACGGCGGUACGAGUCUCCCGGCAUGUACUCCGACGACGACGCUAACAGCGACGCCUCCAGCGCCUGCUCCGAGCGCUCCUACGGCUCCCGCAACGGCGCCAUCCCCCACUACCUCCGCCAGACGGAGGACGUGGCCGAGGUCCUCAACCACUGCGCCAGCUCCAACUGGUCGGAGAGGAAGGAGGGCCUGCUGGGCCUCCAGAACCUCCUCAAGAGCCAAAGAAUCCUGAGCCGCGUGGAGCUGAAGAGACUCUGUGAGAUCUUCACCAGGAUGUUCGCCGACCCUCACAGCAAGGUGUUCAGCAUGUUCCUGGAGACGCUGGUGGACUUUGUCACCGUGCACAGGGAGGACCUCCAGGACUGGCUCUUCGUCCUGCUCACCCAGCUCCUGAAGAAGAUGGGAGCAGACCUGCUGGGCUCCGUCCAGGCCAAAGUCCAGAAGGCUCUGGAUGUCACCAGGUGUGUGCUCACCUGGGUGGGGCUGCUGUGGAAACAAAACCUGUGUGGUAAAGCUAUUCUUCCUGCUGCUCUUCCCUACCGCACGCUAGCCCGGAGCCGCAUCCCCCGCCCCAGCAUGAGUCAGGGCUGCAGUCGCGACACCAGUCGUGAGAGCAGCCGCGACACCAGCCCCGCUCGGGGCUUUGCUCCUCUGGCCUCCCGGCGUCACUCCCGUUCCACCAGCGCUCUCUCCUCAGCAGAAGCUCACGGCCAGUCAGGUGACCUGCAUGAGCACAGCUCCCUUUGCUUUAGAGCUUCUGUGGUUGGUCAGUGGGAUGAAACCAGGAAAAAAUCCAUCCAUCAUCCAUCCAUCACUUCAUCAGACCGGAGGAACAGAAUAUUGUGUUUGAGCAUGUAG